AUGGCUUCACAGGCCGCCGCACCGCCUUCCAGCAUUCGCAUCCUGUCUCUCAAUUGCUGGGGGCUCAAGUUCAUCUCCAAGCUCCGCAAUGAGCGUCUUACCGAAAUUGGAGUCCAGAUCGCCGCCGCCAAUCCGCAACCAGACAUUGUAGGACUCCAGGAGUGCUGGACGCAGCAAGAUUACCAUGCCAUUCGGGAAAAGACACGCCAUAUCCUGCCUUAUGGCAAGUUUUACCACAGCGGAAUAUUCGGUGGUGGUCUAGUCAUUCUGUCACGAUGGCCCAUUGUCGAAAGCAAUAUGGUGCGCUAUCCAUUGAACGGACGGCCUGCUGCCUUCUAUCGCGGAGAUUGGUUUGUUGGCAAGGGCGUUGCAUGUGCGAGGAUACAGAUGGGUCCUUCCAAGAGAGAUAUUGCAGAGGUGUUUUGCACACAUCUCCACGCCCCCUAUGAACGCGAACCCCAUGAUUCCUACAUCUGCCAUCGAACAGCCCAAGCGUGGGAAAUCACAAAACUCAUGCGCGCAGCCGCUGAGCGCGGCCACCUCGUCAUCGGCAUGGGCGACUUCAACAUGAUUCCCUUGUCCCUCGCACACCGUAUCAUCGAGACACAUUCGCCUGUCCAAGACGUGUGGCGCAUACUGCAUCCGGAUUCUUCCAUCGGCGCAGCCAAAGACAAGGUGGAGCAGGUGCGCGGCGUACCAAUGCCAUCGGCCCAGUACAACAUGACUGUCAAUGGUGCAACAUGCGACAGUGAGUUGAAUUCUUGGAGGUGGAACAAAGCGCAGCAAAGGCGUCUCACAAAAGGCGAGAACGUCCAGAUAGAUCCCACGGUCCCAGAUCCAAAUGCGAAAAGACUUGACUACGUCUUCUUCAGUAGCGGCCGGUACCAUAACCCGGAGACAAAGGAAGAGACAGCUGAGUGGACGCUCAAAGAAGCAAACGUGGGUAUGGAAAUGCGUCAUCCUACGCUACACUGCUCCCUCAGCGACCACUUCUCCGUCGAGGCGACAUUGACAAGGACUUCUACUGCACCAUCAGCCAUACGACUAACCCCAUGGGCACUGCCUGAACGCUAUCUGCCCAUCGAGACCUACGACGAGAUCAUGGCAACCAUACUCAAAUACCAGGUCCGAGAGAGGAUACAGCGCAAGCUGCGCAUAGGCCACUUCUUCUACCAGCUCUCCUUUUCCAUUGGCUGUCUAAUAGGCGUCUGGUGGUCACCCAAAAAUUACGUGUCCUUCAUACUCAUGUUGUUGAGCACACUAGGAUUCAGUGUAGGUGUAAUUGAUGGAUUGAUAGGGUUGUUGUUUGUCGGUAGCGAGAUGAGGGCACUCAAGGAAUUCGAGUGGGAGGUCCGUAAUACCAGGGAGCGGGCGCUCGCAAAGAACGAGACUAGGAAGACAGAUUCUGAAAAUAGGGGGAUACAUUUUGCCUCGGAGCGAUACAACUACGCGACACACUAUCUACGCUUUCCCGUGCCAAAUCUCGUAUACGACACCACAACCGUCCAACGUGCGGCUCGGAAGUCCGCUGCCCUCGAUAUGAGCGACUCCCAGCCACAACAGACCAGCGGCGGCCAGCAGCAAGGUCAACAGCUGCUACGCCCUGAUGAUAUACUCAAGCUGCAAUGUCUUCCCGAAGACGAGAAGCAGAAGUAUCGCCUGAUCAUGCAGAACUUCUGGACCAUCUUCAACAACAACCCGCAAGGCAGCCAGGAGAAUACAAACGCGCGUCAGAAGCUGACGGAAUGGUCGCAAAAGUUCAUCGGACGCGAACGUCAAUAUCGCGCCAAGAUGAAGCAACAGCAGCAGCAGCAGCAGCAGCAGGGAAACCAAAAUCAAGGACAAGCUGGACAGUCUAGUGCAGCUGGCCAGCAGAACGCCAACGCGGUCAAGCAAGAAGGAGGUCAGGCUCAACCCCAAGGUUCUGGGGCACAAGCCAACCAGCAAGCUCAAGGACAACAGCAGCCCAACCAAGGACAGAACCCAGGGCGCGGCCAGGUCGAUCCUGCCAUCGUCAAGCACGUUCACGACUUCCCCAUGCAAGGGCCAACAAAUGGACCUACGCCAGGCACACCAGAGUACGAGAACAAACUGAAGGAGUAUCGGACUGGUUACCUCAACAUGCUUGCCAAACAAGCGACUUUGACUGAGCAGCGACGGAGGAUUAUCCAAGAGUUGACCGAACGGCAGAACAACGGGCAGGAGCUACCUCAGGAGCGGCUUUUGAUGAAGAACAACAUCGAGAAGGAGGCUGCCAAGAUCAAGGCUCAAAUUGAUAAGUUCAGGGCUAUGCAAAAGCAGUGGAAGGAGGAGCGCGAACAGAAUUCCCAAGGCCAGGCACAAGCUCAAGGCCAGAACCCAGCGCAAUCACCUCCGCAGCAACAACCACAACAACAGCAGCAGCAGCAGCAGCAGCAGCAACUACCGCAGCAACAGCCACAACCGCCUCAGCGCCAGCCUUCACAGCCCAAUAUGCCUGCGCAACCCCAGGUGAAAGAGGAGCCCCAGAUCAAGAUCGAGGGUGGGCAGGCACCACAACCACAACCGCAAACUCAGUCCCAACCUCAGCCGCAAUUCAACAUGCAGGCCAAUCAAGGAAACCUUCAGCAAGGACCGCCGCAGCAGCAACAGAUGCAACACAAUCAGCAGCUUCCGCAACAGCAACAAAUGCAGCAGCAGCAGGCUCGACCUCCGCCAGCACCUCACUCGCAGACGAUGCCACCAAAUCAAAUGCCGCAGUUUUCGCAACAAGGACAACAGCAACAGAAUUUCCACCAACAGCAGCAACAACAACAGCGACCCCAGAUUAACCCUAUGCAAGCGAAUGCACACCAGCAGAGCAACUCACCACACCCACAGUCCGCCGCGUCGAACGCGCCUGGUCCGCCAGUCCCUCUCUCGCACCAAGCUGCAGUCAGCGCCGCGAACCGGUCCUACACCGACCCUCAACGCACAAACACGCCGAUGCAACAGGGCGGACAGGGCGGUAACUUUGGAAGUCGCGAGCGCGAGCAGCUCAACAACCCAAAGAUGCCAAUUCCACGCCAUCUUAAUGCUGUUCUUCAACUCGCAGAUGACUUUGUCGACAACGUUAUUAGUAACGCUUGCAAACUGUCCAAGCUCCGUGAUUCACCUCAGCUCGACAUUCGCGACAUCCAAGUCAUACUUGAGCGCAAUUACAACAUACGUAUUCCUGGCUACGCAUCUGAUGAAGUCAGAACUGUGCGCAAGAUCGUCCCUGCGCAGGGAUGGGCAAACAAGAUGAGCGCUGUCAACGCGGCGAAGGUCAUGGGUGGGAAAGCGGACUUCUAG